AGCAGGGGCAGGGCCGCGGCGGGGCUGUGACCCCCGGGGAGGCUCCGGAGGCUCCGCUCGGCCCUCGCAGCCCCGUGAGUCACUUCCGCGGCCCCCACCGCCCGCCUCCCGCCGGGGAGCGGCGCGGGCGAGCGCUGACCGGCCUUCCUCCCUUCUCCCGCUCUUCUUCCUCCUCCUCCUCCUCGCCGCCGACACCGCAAGGACGAUGAGCGAAGCCGGCGCCAAGUCCAGCCAGGCCCUGGCCUCCAAGGGGGAGAAGGACGCCUCGGAGAAGAGGGGCCGGGGACGGCCCAGGAAGAAGCCGCAGCAGGAGCCCAGCGAAGCCCCGACCCCCAAGAGACCCCGCGGACGGCCGAAGGGCAGUAAAAACAAGGCCACCCCAAAAGGCAGGAAAGCUGCAGUCACACCAGGGAGAAAACCUCGAGGCCGACCCAAAAAAUCGGUGAGUGGGCUUUUCCCUUCCUCCUCUUCCUCACUGAUCCUGGCAGGAUGCUGGGCACUGGGGGGGGCACAACCACCCCGCUAAUUGCUCAGGACCCCC